CUUAGCUUUGCACGGCGGCGGCAGCGGCUGCAGUGUCGGUGAUGUGCUGUGGAUGCCAGACUCCCUCCGUCACGCGCACGUGAAGUACCUGUGCUGGGGAAGGGGGCAGCGGGCGGGAGGGGUGCAGGCUGCUGUACUCGGAGUAUAAGGAGAAGUUGCGCUCCGUCGGUGGUGUGGUGGACGUCGCUCGCCUGCGGCAGGACAACAGCGACUUCCGGCAGCCAACAUGCACCGCGAAAAAUACGACUUUCAACCCGCCGAGCCAAGGGCAACACUCUCGGAGCGGUUCGCCAGUUACUAUGGCAACAUACGCUCUCUGCUGCUGGGUUCAAACCUCACAGGUCGGCGACAGACGUUUCAAGAGGAUUCCUUCGUGGAGGAGGCUUCCCUCACAGCAUUUCGUAAAGACAAGGACGAAGGUCAGCUGAAGCCCAAGGUGGUGGACCUGAGUCGCAAUGUGAACCGCCAUGCUCACCACACCAGCGCCUACGAGAUCCCCAACCUGGUGCUGCGGCGGGGCCAGGCCUUCGAGAUGGUCAUCACCUUCGAGCGCGCCUUCAACCGCGACGACGACAGCAUCGUGCUCAAGUUCGUCACAGGCAGUCGGCCGCUGCAGAGCAAGGGCAGCGUGGUGUCGGUGCGCCAGGUGUCGGAGGCACACGCUGGGGACUGGAACUACGAGCUGGUCAGUGUGGUGGACCGCGCGGUCACCUUGAAGGUCAUCUCCACGCCCAAGGCCAUCGUGGGGCGCUACGAGAUGUUCAUCGACACAUUCCACAAGGGGGGCGAGGGCGAGGUGGAGAAACAUCGCUACAAGCACCCGGACGACAUCUACAUCAUCUUCAACCCCUGGAAUGAAGCUGACGACGUGUACCUGGACAACCCCACGGAGCGGGAGGAGCACGUGCUGCGCGAGACGGGGCGCAUCUGGCUGGGGACGGUGGGCAAGUUCUGCGUGCGGCCCUGGAACUUCGGACAGUUCGAUGACGUGUGUCUAUUCGCGUCGCUGGCGCUGCUGGAGAAGUCGGAGCUGGGGGACCAGGCGAGGAACAACCCCGUGCAGGUGGUCAGGGCCCUGUGCCGUGUGAUCAACAACACGGAGAGGGACAGCGGGGUGCUGUGUGGCAACUGGUCCGGAAAAUACGACGACGGCAUCCCUCCUCACGCCUGGAACGGAAGCUCCGCCAUCUUGGAAGAGUUUUUGAAGAAACGCAAAGGCGUGAAGUACGGACAGUGCUGGACCUUUGCUGCAGUGGCCACCACACUCCUUCGGGCCCUGGGCAUUCCCACCCGCUGUGUGACGUGUUUCCGGUCCUCACACGACAGCGACUUCAGCAACCCCGUCAACGCCCACUGGUCCACCGACAACCGGCCCCGCAAAAGUAUGGAUGACGCCAUCUGGGACUACCACGUGUGGGGAGAAAGCUGGUUCAGAAGGCCCGAUCUACCUCCGGGGUACGACGGGUGGCAGGCGUUUGAUCCCACACCCCAAGAAUGUAAUGAAGGUGUCUUCACCUGCGGUCCCGCCUCUGUGAAAGCCAUCAGGAAAGGAGAACUGUACUACGGUUUCCACGCCAAGUUUCUCUUCUCGGAGGCGCAUGGCGAGCGCGUGCACUGGCUGGUGGACUCGGAUGGCAACAUGACGCCCUUCCGGGUGGAAAAGCGGGUGGUCGGUCGCCAGAUUUCAACCAAGGCGGCUGGAACCAUUUCCAGGCUGGACAUCACUGACCUGUACAAAGCUGCUGAUGGCAGCCCUGAGGAGGCUGAGAUCCUGAAGCAAGCAUCUCGCCUGUGUUUCCGGUCCGUGCCGCAGCUGCUGGUGAACGGGUGUGAGGACGUGGAGUUCACCUUCCAGGGCGACGCGCAGAAGGCCGGCGAUGUCCACAUCUGCCUCAAGAUGAAGAACGACAGCGGCCACGGCAGGACCAUCGAUGUCUACCUGGGCUGUGUGUCCGCCUACAACACCGGCGUCCCCGCCACCGACCUCAAGGAGACCUCUACCACUGUGCUCAUUGAGCCACACACAGAAAACGAUGUACAGAUGAGCCUGAAGUGCGCCGACUACAUCAACAACAAAGACACGGACUCGCACGUCAACGUCUACGUCAUCGCCACCGUCAGAGAAACUCACCAACGCUUCGCCACGAGGGACACGAUCUGGAUAGAGAAACCUCACCUGGAGGUCAAGACCGAGGGGCGGACAAGUGUCACCCAGCCCUUCCAGAUCGUCCUGAAGAUCGUCAACACUCUCAGUGUGCCGCUUACUAACGGAGUCUUUAACGUGGAGGGGCCCGGCAUCCAGCGACUGAUGGGCGUUAAGUGCAAGAAGACGAUUGGUCCAGGCGAGGAGUGUCGGGAGACGGUGACGUUGAAGGCGAGGCGCGGCGGACGUCACGAGAUCGUCGCCAACUUCUACUGUCGUCAGAUCUGUGACGUCGCCGGCGCGGCAGAGCUGGACAUCAGCGACGACGGCAAAAACUAGACGACUGCAGCGACAGCAGGGAACUGACAACGGUGAAACACGUUAGUCAACCGUGGAGACCACAAAGAGCCGAGCGUCUGCUGCAACAUUCUGACAACUGUCAACGUGCAGCAGCGACUGUGACCAUGUGACACGUGGGGCUUCCAUUGGACUGUCGUUGGCCAACAAUGGACUUGGAGUCUUCCCGUGGACUGUCGUCUGCCAAUCAGGAACCAGCUCUGAUCGUUUUCCCGUCUGUUCCGACUUUCCUCCAGCUGACGUCACGUGGUCAGACCUGACCUCCUGACCUACCAAGUGUUUGAGGCUGUCGUAGUUUAUUUGUUCUUGUCAACUCCUCAGUGUUGUCUCAUUCUGGACAUGAUAAUGUUAUGUCUUGACAGGAUAUGUCUGUAUACCUCCGUCUGUCUUUCUGUCUCCAUGUGUGUGUAACAUCUUUAGUUCUCUCAACGCCGUUGGCCGCCAUGUUUGCUGUCGUCACGUUAGUACGUCCUCAGCCUCACCGAGCCUCCCUCGUGGACACAGUGAGGUCCUCACUGAGUGGUUCACCUUGUUGCCAGUGAAUGUUGCAGGUGCUUGUGUACACAUCUCUCCCUGAUCCCAGCCUCCUGUUGUUUGUUGUCCACUCAGUCUUGCGCUUCAUUUGACUUUUUAAUUAUUUUAUAUUCAUAAUCAUCCUUGCUGGUGUAUGACCUUUCCAUUAUUUUUAUUUCUGUUUAUAUACUUAUAUUUAUGAAGAAAAUAAUAAAGAUUUUCUGUUGCCCUACACCUUCUGAACACUUGCCCCCGAGCUGCUGCAGGAACUGAUGGGGUCAUGACCUUUGUAAGAACCUCGCCAACUGUUGGCAUUAAAGACAAGUCCGUUGAAAGACUUCUUGCUAAAACAAAUUCACUGGACAUUAUUAUGUAUGACUGCUUUGUUCUGUUUACUGUCAUUUGCUCAGCUUCUAGGAAAUGGUCCUGUCCGGAACUCUUGACACGACCUACUGUUCAUAUCGUGAUGUAUUGCAAAAAUAUCUUUGACUAAA